AUGGGUGCUAACUACAACUUACUAGGCCGUUCUAUUCCUCCACACUACCUCUCGCUGGCCACCAUUGGAGCCGUUGUUCUACUUGCAGCUCCAAAGCCAUGGGCCCCAGCUGUUAAGAAGGAGGCAGAAAUCAACGCAUCCUCUAAGGAGGAGGAGGCCUUUGUGAAGGCAUAUUUAGAGAAACACCUCUAG